GAGGCUAGAGCUUACUGCUUUCCCGCGAGGAAAAGUCGUCAGCCGAUCAAGAAGAGAGCCAGCCGCACGAGGAGAUACAGUGAAGUGCGCCGGCACACAGCACCUGCUCUGCUCGAUCAAGCAAGGUUCAUGGCCAUGGGCAACAAUGGCGUCAAGGUCACCUACAUCGAGACGCAGUUCGUCACCUCCGACGCCGCGAGCUUCAAGUCCCUCGUACAGCGCCUCACGGGCAAGUCCGGCGCUCAAGCCGCGGCCGCGCCCCCGCUCCACCGGCCGCGCCCCUGCCGCGCUGCCGCAGCCGAGAAGACGAGCGCUGUUACUGGAGCGCCGAGCUAUUUCACGUCCACCACCGCGGGCUCGGUCAGUGCAGCUGCGGACCACGUGCCGGCAGCGGCGUUCGCUGCCAACCCCGGCGAUUACUCGGAGCUGGAGGGACUUUGGGAUUACUCGGAGCUGUUCUGCGCAGCCGAACGGUGCCAUGGCGACAGUUACAGUGAUCUCCUCUAUUGAAGUGUAAAUGUUUUUUUUUGUGUGGAUAUUGAAGUGUAAAUAUUUCUGGUUUUGACUCUGGUAACGAGGUAAAUUCCAGUCAUUUUUUGAUCGUCGCGAGUAGUCUUCGCAACGAAUCUCCUUGGGUUUAUCGUCUUCUCCUUCUGGCGCGGGAUCUCUCAUGAAUACUCCGAUUUUCUUUAUCAGGUCGUCAUUCUUCUCCAAUAGUAUUGUGAUUUCCUCCUCAUAACCGUGGCGCGUAGACUUAAGUUCUUCUUCUAGCUCCGUGAUCCUGGUCAUUGCCUUCUUCAGAUCCAUCAUGCCUGCGCACAUCUGGU